GAUGUUUGUUCACUUUACACUGAACACCUCUAACCUUCACAUCAGCACUCUCUUCUUUUCUUUUCUCCAGUAGCUGAAAGUCCCAAACUCUGGUCCUAGUUCAGUUCUGAUAUAUAACCUCCCCUUCGUAUCUGUCAUCCAGUAGGUCCACCUGGUUCUUUGCAUUUUCGCCGCUAUAACUUUGAGUGUUUACAUAUCUGGCACAUCUCCUGUGUCAUGUUGAGAAAUCAGAGUAUUCGAAGUACUGAUUUUUCAAAGAACCAAAAGAAAAUGGGUACUUAUAUCACUUCAUAGAUCUAAGUUCAUAUAAUUUAAUUGUGUCUGUCUGUGGGCUUUUUGUCUCUGUAUUUAGUUCUGACUUAUGAAAGUGUUGAGGUCACUGGACAUGAAAGUUGACUUCAUCUAAGAUAAUCAAACUCAUCAAUACAAUAGGCGUGUUUGUAUCUUAAAACUAAAAAAAGAAAAAUGUUUGAUCAUCAUCCUAAAAACCACCUUAUUAAGGCAUGUUUCAGACUGACAAAACUAUGAUACCUGCUGUUUUCAUGUGACCCAUCAUAUAAUUUAAUUGUGUCUGUCUGUGGACUUUUUAUCUCUGCAUUUAGUUCUGACUUAUGAAAGUGUUGAGGUCACUGGACAUGAAAGUUGACUUCAUCUAAGAUAAUCAAACUCAUCAAUACAAUAGGUGUGUCUGUAUCUUAGAACUAAAAAAAGAAAAAGGUUUGAUCAUCAUCCUAGAAACCACCUUAUUGAGGCAUGUUUCAGAUCGACAAAACUAUGAUACCUGCUGUUUUCAUGUGACCCAUCUUCACUAAAAUGGCUAUUUUUUGUGUCUUUUCUGACCUUAGGGUGGCGUGGUAAUGUGUAAUGAACGGAGACUUCUGUAUGACAUGUCUUCCAUGCAUUUUUUUUUUCAACAAACGAGUGUAUUUACUUCUCUGAGUUCUCUGAGUUAAUCUUGAAUUACCGGUUCAUCUUAUGUCAUGGCUUUUAUGGUUUAAGUGGUUAAAUCUGUGGUUGAUAGUAGCAAAUACUGACUGCAAUAUUUUCCAAUACAUGGUAUUAAACAUCUCAUACAGAUAGCCUACAGCUGCUCUCCUCGUGAGAUAUUCCUUCAACAUGCAAAACCAUCGUACCUUUUUAUUCUUUAACAGUUGUAAACACAUUCUUUAACGGGUCAUAACCUCAAAGCAAAUUCUAAAGCACAGACUUCACACUAAAAAGUUAAAGUUAUGCUCGACAAUCAUAACAUAUAGUACGAUCAUAUCGUUUAACUAUACCUCUAAUUUGGGUUUAACAGCGUGUAACUAUUUUUAGACCAUCUUGUAGCCACAUCUAGUUUUAAAUAUUCCCCAUUCACAGGACUUUGGCUGUUGCCUUAUGAUUUCCCAAAAUCCUUAUGUAAGUUUUCUUAUUUUAUGUACUCCGUAAUAACGAAUUAUCUGGGUCGUACAUUUCGAACACGGAGAAAAAAAGUCAAUGCGAUUGUUCCACUGCCCUCAGAGUCUGCCAGAGGGGUAUGCGGUGCAUGAUGCCAUAGUUCACAAUGAUUGGUUCACUGCAAGAGCCCACGUGAAAAUCGAGUGGUUCUCAAGGAGAUUCAGUGGCAGGCUGGUUUUCAGUGUUAGAAGCGUGUUACAGUCUUCACUACCGGUAUCAACAGGUCUCCUGAGUUCUCCCUGCAGCCGAUAAAAAUCUGAAGACAUAGCUUGAGCGUUGCAUGCUGCUGUCCGUCGCCUCACUGAAUGAUUUUACUGAAGUUGGGUACGCUUCUGAAGGCCCUGUCCUACUUGUCCUAAAGAAACCACCAUGCCGCUUGAACUGGCAAUGCCGCUUUUUCUGCCAAACGAAGAUUUCCGGAACCGAAAGACACCUAAAUUUAAGGGGCCUCUGCGGCCUUGUCUGCUUAAGCAGCUACUGCCUGAAGAACUGCCAGAAGUCAAUGAGGUGAGUGCACCUGCGAGUGCGAAUGGAAAGGCAAAAAAACAAGUGACUUUUGCUGACCAUAAAGGCCUAGCCCUCACCAUGGUAAAGAUGUACUCAGAAUUCGACGACCUCAUUGACAUCCCGCUCAACAUCCAAGAGCUUUUUAAGUCGUCACUCACGCUCUUAGAGGAGGAGAGCAAGUUGACGCUUAACUUUGCUCAGCCGUCUGCAGACUACCUGUUGUUUCGUCAGCGUCUUGAAAGCGAUAAAGUCUGCCUCGAGCACUGUAUGCUUAAAGACAAGGCCAUGACUGGUACAGUAAAGGUCAAAAACCUGUCCUUUGAGAAGUCUGUUAAAGUACGUGUCACAUUUGACACAUGGAAGAGCUAUACAGAUGUAGAGUGCCAGUAUGUUAAAGAUACUUACAUGGGCUCUGAUCGGGAUACCUUCUCCUUUGAGGUUAAUUUACCUGAACAAGUGCCACCACAUGAGCGCAUUGAAUUUGCCGUUUGUUACGAGGCCAACGGUGUCACGCACUGGGACAGCAAUCAAGGACAAAAUUACAGAAUCAUCCAUUCAGCGCUGAAGACCUGUUUGCAAAGUGACCAUAGUGUUGGUUCUCAGCGAAACAGCUCUGGAGAUUGGGGAAUUCACUUGGACCGUUACGGCAGCCCAAGGUGCUCUCAUGGGAUCUUUCCGGAAUGGCCAAGUUAUACCGCAUAUGAGGAUAUUGGCCCUUACUACUGAAAGUGUUUUUUUUUUUUUUUUGGAAAGGAGUGAACAUCUUUUUAUUAAAAUAAGGGGACAGUUGAGAAAUCGCCCUCAGACCAGCACAAGUUGACCCGAAAAUCAAAACUCGUUGUCCAUAAACUCUUUGCAAUUGCUCUUUUAUGAGGAAGAAAACAAUAUAAUAUUUAAAAAAACCCCCCAAAAAAAACAGAUGAGGUCAACUGCUUUUACUCACAGUGCAAUAAAGGAAAGUUGUUGUAUAUCUACUCUACACAGUGCAAUAUCAUAUAUUUUAAUCUAAAAAUGUAUAUCAUAUUUUCUUUACAAUAUGUUGUCUCUCUGACUGGUGAAACAUGUCAUAGCAUUGAUGAAUAUGUAAAACUGUUGUAGCUUUAAGACUGGAAAUUUACAGCUGCCAUGUAGGGGUGUGUGUGUAUGUGUAUAUAUGUAUUGUAUAAAACAUAUAUAUGCAUAAAUGUAUGUGGGUGUGUCUGUAUGUCAGUGGUUUAAUUGAGUUUUAAUGAGUUUAACUGUAAUGUAGCCUUUUGUUGCUUAUUUCAGUGAAUGCACCUUAAGAACCUUGCACGGGUUCAGUCAUUUAUGUCCUGGGACUUUGCUGUGUUGCAUUGGUUCUGUAGCUAAUUUAGCAAUAAAUGUAUUAUUAUUAAUUCAGAGACGGGUGGUCUACAAAUGACUUAUUCAGGAAACUCAGUUUGUAUCUUUCUGAGCAAUUUACUUGAUGACUUUGGGGAAAAAUAUCAUGGAUGCAUACUAGUUCUGAAGCAUGUUUUUCCAUAAAAAUGAGAUGCAUUUACUGUGUAGUCUCCAUUUUGUCUUGAUACUUGAGAGGUUGCAGACAUCUGCAUUGUUCAAACAUGCUCUGCAUCUAUUUUUAAGUUAUGCAUAGUCGAACAAUUGUACCUGAAAUGUGAACUUUAAAUUAAGAUCUCUUUCCUUUGAACAUUCACUGUAACAUUUUCAUUUCAUCUUUCAUCCACUUUGUUCAUGUGCAAACGAAUGUUCUCAUACAGAGAUGUCCUUCUUUUUGUUGUUGUUGUUGUUUUUUUUAGGGGUUGAAAUACGCGUGGUUAGUGACAUAUAGCGUGGUUAGUGACAUAUAAAACACACAUUUAGAGAUGUUUUCACAUUCAGCUGAGAUUGAUAUUUCUCUUGCUUUCACACACACACCUCUUCAGGGCUGUUCAGGUUCUACUAUAUAUGUGUAUGUAUAUAUAUAUA